GACGUGUGCGGCACAGGAGAGAGGAAAGGGACGGCAGCAGGCAGGGGGCAGGGCAAAGAAAAAGAAGAGGAAAGAGGAGCUGCGGCAGCAAAAACAAAAGCUUGAUGAGAAGAUGCCAACAACCACCAGUCCAGUCCACCAUCACUUUGCUUUGCAGACAAUCCCCCGCUCCUCUCUUUCUCCAGCCUCCCCGAAAGAUCCCCAUCAUCAGCCUGCGCCAUCGUCUGAUUCCGAUCUCUUCCCCCCCAUUCCCCGUCACAUUUCCCACUCCCCAACCUCGAGAAAGAAAGCGCCAUGGAUCGAGCGCCCACUCAGAUGCUCCUACGCCUUCUUCCCCCACCCAGUCACAAUGAUUUGGCCCAGAGAGACUCGGAGAUCCUCUGCUAGUACCUGAGCGCCCAGCCGUCUCGGAGUGAGUGAGUGAGUGAGGUGGUUGGCAACACAUCUGUCCCCGUUCCUUCCUCGGCCUUUUUCUCCCCUGCUGCCAAGAUUUGGUGCUAGGAGGGGGAGGGGGAGGCAAAAAUGGCGUCUUCGCCGCCGGCAAUCAUCGGGACGGAGCCCACCUGGGUGCCCUACGAGCCGACCAGGGACUGCUCGCAGGGGCUGUGCAGCAUGUACUGCCCCCAGUGGUGCUACUUCAUCUUCCCGCCGCCGCCGCCCUUCGACCUCGCCGGCCCCGGCCCGGACGACUCCUCCGGCCACGUCUUCUCCCCGCUCGUCAUCGCCAUCAUCGGCGUGCUCGCCACCGCCUUCCUCCUCGUCAGCUACUACACCUUCAUCUCCAAGUACUGCGGCACCUUCGGCUCCCUCCGGAGGAGGCUCUUCGGCCCCGGCCCCGGCUCCGGCGGCGGUGGGGGCAGCGGCGGUCCUGGGAGCGGCCACGGGCAGUCCAGGAGCCAGGAGUCGUGGAACGUGUCGCCGGCGAGCGGGCUGGACGAGGCCCUCAUCAACAAGAUCACGGUGUGCAAGUACAGGCGCGGCGACGGGCCCGCCCUCCACACCACCGACUGCUCGGUCUGCCUCGGCGAGUUCCACGACGGGGAGAGCCUCCGGCUGCUCCCGAAAUGCAGCCACGCGUUCCACCAGCAGUGCAUCGACACCUGGCUCAAGUCGCACUCCAAUUGCCCCCUCUGCCGCUCCAACAUCACCUUCGUCGCCGUCGAGGUGGCGCCGCCGGAGCCGGAGGGCUGUGCUCCAGGCCCAGGCGAGGCCGACCGGAGCACCCAUCAGGUGGUCGUUGAGAUGGAUGCGUUGGAGAGCAUGUGUGAGGAGCAGCAGGAAGCGGUGAGCAGUGGCGGCGUCAGAGCUGAGCGUGGUGAUCAGGAGACGGAGGGCAGCCGAGAGGGAGCAGAGGAGGAGGAUGAUGCCAAUGGCACGGCUGAGAUCAGAGAAGAAGGCGUGCCAGCACCGAAGACGGGGCCCAACCUCCACCGUGACAGCCGCAUGUCCAUCGCCGACGUGCUGCAGUCCACCAUGGAGGACGAGCUGAUCGCAGCCAGGGAGAGCGGGCUCCUUGCAGGCGGCGCCGGCACGUCGCGCCGGUGCCGCGGGGAGAACAGCAGCAGCGGACGUGGCCGCACCCGGCGCGCGUUGCAGGACGACUCCGUGCCGCCGAUGAAGAGGCUGCCGCCCGGCGGCAGGUCGUGCUUCAGCAGCAAGAGCGGCCGGGCAGUCGUCGUCGAUUCAGACCAUCCACUGCGGGGUGGCCAGUCGUGAUGUGCUUAGCUAGGGAUGAUGAUCCUGGACAAGCUCCCGUCCCAUUUCUGCGCAUGAUGGGAUGCCAAUGAGGACCAUAUCAUCAUAAUUCAGAGAUGUCGUCGUCUUAGCGAUAAUGUCGAUAUCGCUCGGUUGCAGCAUGCUCUGCUUGGGUGAGAUCUCCUGUGACUGUGAAGUCUGUCUCUGUGAUGAUAGUUCAGCAGGCGCUGGAUCUUUUCGUUUUUUGUUUUUCCAAGUUCCAACUCAUGACAUAGGUUCGUCUCCUCCACCACUCUGUCCAUUGUUUCAGUGGACAUGUUUUGCUGUGAGUGCAGUAACAGGCUCAAGUUUUCAA